GAAAAUCACCAAUUUUUGCGUGACGUACUUUACGGAUCUUCCCUGAGGUGACAGCCUGCUGCGGUGCUCAGUGCUGGCUCAGCCUGUGACAUAACACCAAAACAAACCGUGCAAUUUUUUUGAUAUAGAUCGCAUUAAUUUUAUUCAGUUUAAACGAUGUGGCCAACGCUAUCCCGCUGUAGGACGCUGUUUAGUCCCCCUUUGCUGAGCUCCUUAACAAGCACGUUCCGGUUUACGUCAAGCUGCUUUCAUGUGCUAGCCGGUUACCGAGUGAUGGAAUCGCCUCUAGCAAACCAAUCUUCAAAACAGCUACCACUGGAUCGGUCAGCAAACCAAUUGCUUGCUUCUGCAGUGAGUCCCUUAUUGAAUCAGGUUUGCGGUUUCAAAGUUAAAGGCCAUUUGAAGCGUCGCUGCAAGGAUUGUUUCUUUGUCGUACGGCACCAGCGAUUGUACGUACUUUGCAAGACCCAUCCGCGGCAUAAGCAAAUGUCUAUGAAAAAGCACGAACGGAAUACCUGGAUACUUACCGAUGCCACCCAGAGUCCGAAACGAGCUUGGUGAGUGGGGGCUUUCCUCUAGAUUGAUUUUGGUUAGGCGAAUAAAGGGAGUUACACAUA